GCAAUGCCCUGCUAAAUUAUUACCAGGCUGCAUACUUAGACUGAAAGAAACAACAAGGCCAAGUAAGUGGAGACGCGCUUCUCGAGGCUCAUUUCUCCAACCGAAUCGCGUCGCGUCGAAUGAGAAAUUACCGCCUUGCUUGCGGUGACCGUGUCUCAUUGUCAACCACAUUGCAUAUCCAACACUUAACUUGAUUUUGACCAUUACACCGAGUGACCAUCGACUGGACGAAUAGAACCUUGACCCUGGCCAACAAACGAAGCAACGAACCCCCAACUGUUCAAGAAAGUCAAAGAAAAGACCCGACGUCCCGCGCUCCUCCGUAUAGCCACCUGCAUCGGAACCUGCGACCACCGAAGAUCUAUCUAGGACGACAGCGUACAAUCCGCCUGCUAGCUUCUAUAUAUACACACGCAGAUCAAUAAGAGGGGAAAAAAAAAGAAAAAAGCAAAAAAAAGAAACCACACCAUGUCCUCAUCACCAGGUGGCGAUGCGGACGCCCCUCCGAAAUCCCACUCGCAGUCCGAACAACCCCAGAACACCGUGCAAGCAACAGAGCAACAACUCAAAGCGCGCGCCGAGGGUGUUUCAAUUGAGGACUAUCUACUCCCGCGCUCAAUAACCGUCCGACUAGCGAAGUCCGUCCUCCCGCCGAAUACAUCUGUACAGAAGGAUGCAGUUCUCGCGAUCCAGAAGGCUGCGACGGUGUUUGUUUCUUAUUUAUCCUCUCACGCCAACGAAGCGACUUUAAAACGAACAGUGACGCCAGUUGACGUGCUGAAUGCGAUAUCAGAAUUGGAACUUGAAGGGUUCAGACCGCGACUAGAGAAGGAGUUGGACAAAUUUACAGACCUGAAGGCUGCGAAGAGGAAGCCAAGAAAGAGUGCCGAGGGGGAGACGAAAACGGAUGAGAAUGGCGAUGGCGAUGGCGAAACCCAGACAGGUACAAUUGGGGAAGGGGAGAAGAAGGAAGUAGUUGUUCGGGGCGUGAAGAGGCUGAAGAAGGACGGUGCUGGGGCAGGUGCUGGAGGUGAUGAGGCCGAGGAAGACGAUCAAGAUCAGGAUGGGGAGGAUGAGAUAGAGGAUGCUGGAGACGAGGUGGAGGAGGAGCAUGAUGAGGAUGCUACGGAGGAAGAAGAGGAGGACGAGGACGAGGAAGAAGAAGCGGGUGAAAACGAUGAUAUUGACCGCGUCGAGGACAUAGACCGAGAGCGGCGCAUGAUGGACCCUGAUGCUGGGGAUGAUACUGAGAGCGACGACGAUGGGCCUGGGAGUCAACUACGAGGGAAUAUGGGGUUGGGAUAAAAAAUCUACUACUACUUAUGCUCUUGAAGCUGUUUGGAAGGUCGAAAAAUGGGUUCAUGAUGAUGUACAUAAUAAUACCUUUAUCCCUAACACUGCGCCGUUUCAUGUAAAUGUACCGAAAAAUAAAACAUUGUUGCGGACCUGCAACGACGAAUACCUUGAACGCCGACCCG